AUGGCGGACUACGACGAAGAGUCUGUCUCGGAGCUGGAAAGUUAUGAUUCUGACGAUGAGUUACAAAGUGCUUUCAAUAAAGGCGAACUAAAACCAGGUUUAAAUUACCAAACACGUGCUCCGAAACAGUACACCAAUAACACGGUUGCAAUUGAUGAGAAAUUAAACAGCAUACAGAGCAAUUUGGACUGGAUAGAGAGAGUGGAUAUCACAUUGGAAUCCAAAAAUACCAAUAAUGAAACAGAUGCAGUCACUGACGAUGACAACGAUGAUUUGAUGCACAAUGAUUUUAAAAGAGAACUCAAAUUUUACCAACAAGCACAGUCAGCGGUUUUAGUAGCACUACCUCGGAUACGAAAACUAGGUAUUCUUACGAAACGACCAGAUGAUUAUUUUGCUGAGAUGGCUAAAUCUGAUGAACACAUGAGAAAAGUCAGACAAAAACUUUUGGGUAAACAGUUAGCAAUGGAGAGAUCAGAGAAAGCCAAGAAACUUCGAGAACUUAGGAAGUACGGCAAACAGGUUCAAAGAGAGGUUCUUCAAAAAAGACAGAAAGAAAAAAAAGAACUUCUUGAUUCAGUGAAGAAAUUUCGAAAAGGUCAAAAAGACAAAUUAGAAUUUGCUAACAGAAAUAUUGAAGCACCAAGUAAUUUUAAAGGCAAACCAAAGAAAAUAUCACAGCCACAAGGCAAGCCUAAACCAAAUCCCAAAAGAGUAUACAAAGAUCAGAAGUUUGGUCUUGGUGGUUCAAAGAAGAGAUCAAAGUCUAAUACAGCUGAUAGUGCAGCUAAUGUGUCAGAUUUCAAAUCAUCCAAACAUAGCUAUGGUACAGGACCUAAGUUUAACAGAAGAAACACAAAUAAAAAGAAAAAUAGGAGACAUGGUAAAAUUAGACGAGAGAAAACAAGAGUCAAAGCAAGAAGAUAAAAUAAUCAUAGGGCUAUGCCAGCAUUUCCAAGUAAAGUCUGGGAGAUAAAUUCUGAAGGAACUUGUCCAAAAAGCACAUUACUCGUAAUACUGGUACAUGUAUUAAAUUAUGCAUAUGUAUCUGCAGAAAUACAUUGGCAAGUACUAUGUGUAGAUAUGUGACAUUGUCAAUGGACAAGCUUGACAACUCCUACGAAAACAACUAUAUUCACAGAACAAUGACGAAGUUGCAAAUGCUUGUAAAAAUUCAAUAUUAUUUAUUUUUGUUUCCACCUGAUGAGACUUUUAAAUAAAAAUACGUAUUGAUGACUACAUGUAGUAUUACUAGUGGGUGUGUACAUUGUUAAUACAAAUAUAAAUGUACA